GCGGCCCCGCCCGGCGGCCCCAGCGGCCCCGCAGCGUCCCCGCGGCGCGCACAGAGGCGGCGGCGAGCGGAGCUGCGGGAGCCGGCCCGCGGCAGAGGUCCAAACCAUGAAUUACGUUGGCCAGUUAGCAGGGCAAGUGUUUGUAACAGUGAAGGAGCUCUACAAGGGUCUGAACCCGGCCACCCUGUCGGGAUGUAUCGAUAUCAUUGUUGUGCGGCAGCCGGAUGGGAACCUUCAGUGCUCCCCUUUCCACGUUCGCUUUGGGAAGAUGGGAGUGCUGCGUUCCAGGGAGAAAGUGGUUGACAUAGAAAUUAAUGGAGAGGCUGUAGAUUUGCACAUGAAACUAGGAGACAAUGGGGAGGCCUUUUUUGUGCAGGAGACAGAUAAUGAUCAGGAGGUAAUUCCUUAUCAUCUCUCCACAUCUCCCAUUCUGUCUGAAGGGACUGCCUUGAUGGAAUCCCAGCUGAAGAGGAAUUCCAUAGACAGGAUACGAAACGUGGACACCAAUGGAUCCUCACAAGUGCCACCCCAAACCCAUGGAUCCCAGCCUUCUACUGAAACAUCUCCAGUGUGUAGCUCUGUGAAAAAAAGGAGGAAGAAGAGGAGGAAGUCAACUCAUAAAAUAGACAGCUUAAAAAGAGAAGACACACAUGGAGACACAUCAGAAGAUGAAGAUAUGUUUCCCAUAGAGAUUAGCUCAGAGGAAGAAAAAGAGCCAGUGGACAAUUCAAGGAUCCCUGUUCCAGAUGUAUUUGUUGAUGAUGUAUCUGACAUAAAGGCUUCUGCAGUUUCUGUGCUUUCUCAGUCUGCACCUUACCCUCAUUCAGAUGGAGAAUGGUCACCUCUUCAAAGCCCAUCAGAUUCACGUCCUCCUACUCCUCAAAGUGACUCAGAAUUAGUCAGUAAACCUACGGAGAGAAGUGGACUGAAGGAUAAUCCCCACAUGCACUGGGCAUGGGGAGAGCUACCUCAGGCUGCAAAGGCCAGUUCUCUGCUCAAAGCGAAGGAGCCCAGCAUGGGAGAUGUAAAUCCUUCUGAAAGCACUCACUUUCGGGUCAUCCAAAGUUCUGCUGUAGAGGAGUUUAACACAGUGGCUCCUCUGCCUGCCCUUGGACAAGGAGAUGCAGCAACUGCUGAUGAGAGUGAGCCCUUACCAGCUGAGACAAAUAGGGCAGAGCCAGAGCUGCCAGGAGCAGCUGAACCCCCAUUGCCUGCAAAUGAAGAUAUAAAGCAAUCUGCAGCUUGCUCAGCUCAACCGACUGGCAAGACGGAUUCCCCUUCCAGAAAGAAAGACAAACGGAGCCGGCAUCUUGGUGCUGAUGGUGUCUAUUUAGAUGACCUCACUGACAUGGAUCCAGAAGUUGCUGCACUUUAUUUCCCCAUAAACGGGGACACCGCGCAGAGCAGGAGCGCGGCCGAGGCGCGGCCCGCCAGCCACUCCCCGCACUCUGCCGGCAGCUCGGGGGUGGACAGCGGCGCCGAGAGCACCUCGGACGGGGCCCGGGAUCUGCCCUCCAUCGCCAUUUCCCUCUGCGGAGGCCUGACUGAGAACAAAGAGAUAACCAAAGAAGAAUUCUUAGAACAUGCAGUAACAUAUCAGCAGUUUGUGGACAAUCCUGCUAUCAUUGAUGACCCUAACCUUGUGGUUAAGAUUGGAAAUAAGUACUACAACUGGACAACAGCUGGUCCCCUUCUGCUGGCAAUGCAGGCGUUCCAGAAACCUUUGCCAAAGUAUUCAUGCUUGAGUUACUUCAGAGCAGCUCUGGAUACCAUUAGAUUUUGCUUUAGUAGAAUUUAUGGUCCACAGACAGCAACUGUGGAAUCUAUAAUGAGGGACAAGAUGCCCAAGAAAGGUGGAAGAUGGUGGUUUUCGUGGCGAGGGAGGAACAGCACUAUCAAAGAGGAAACAAAGCCAGAGCAAGGUGAGAGUGGACUUACAGAAGACUCGUCACAGAUGAGCAGGGCAAACAGAAUAAAAGAUGAAUCUUCUUCAAGUGAUGAGGACCCUAGAGCUGCCAAACAAAACCUCGGGUCAUUACAAACCAACUCCAGUCAUCUCUCAUUAUUGUCUGGAAUCAGUUACAAAAAAUCACUUCGACUUACUUCUGACCAGCUUAAAAGCUUAAAGCUCAAGAAUGGCCCCAAUGAUGUGACCUUUAGUGUUACAACCCAGUACCAAGGCACUUGCCGCUGUGAAGGCACCAUUUACCUGUGGGAUUGGGAUGAUAAAGUUGUUAUUUCUGAUAUUGAUGGAACAAUCACACGGUCAGAUACUUUAGGUCAUAUUUUGCCAACUCUUGGCAAAGACUGGACACACCAAGGGAUUGCGAAGUUGUACCAUAAAGUGAGCCAAAAUGGAUAUAAAUUUUUAUACUGCUCAGCACGAGCUAUUGGAAUGGCAGGCAUGACCAGAGGAUACUUGCACUGGGUCAAUGAGAGAGGAACUGUGCUGCCUCAGGGGCCAGUUUUGCUGAGUCCAAGCAGUCUAUUCUCAGCUCUUCACAGGGAGGUCAUAGAAAAGAAGCCAGAAAAAUUUAAAGUUCAGUGUUUGACUGACAUCAAAAAUUUGUUUUAUCCUAACACAGAACCCUUUUAUGCUGCUUUUGGAAACAGACCUGCUGAUGUUUAUUCAUACAAACAAGUGGGAGUUUCUUUAAACAGGAUAUUUACAGUUAACCCCAAAGGAGAACUUAUACAAGAGCAUGCAAAGACAAACAUCUCAUCCUAUGUCAGACUCUGUGAAGUGGUAGAUCACAUUUUCCCUUUGCUGAAAAGAAGUCAUUCCUCAGACUUCCCUUGUUCUGACACCUACAGCCAGUUCACCUACUGGAGAGAACCCCUGCCACCGUUUGAGACUCAGGAUGUGCAUCCAGCCUCAUCUUAACCCCAUCUCCAAACUGUUGGUCUCACCUGAAAGAAUGGGUUGGCUUGUGUUGAAAGGACACCACUUAGCUUUUGAGUGUUGGCAGUUCAGCUGGAAUCUGUGGAAUUGUGAGAAUUGUAUUCUUCUGUUGUGAGCAAACUUAGGAAUGUUUUUUCAUAAUUAGACAGGUUUCAAUCAAGAGGAGUCUUGCUAGAAAUACGAAUUGCUUUUCUAGGUCCUCUCCCAGCUCCUCGAAUUUUGCCAUGCACUUUCAUUAUAUAAGGUCAGUUAGAAGUGCAGUGAUAUUGGAGCUGCAGUUAAACAUGCCAUUAGGUUUUACAGUGAUUCCACAUCUGUUCUGCAUCACUGAAGCCAUCUUCCAUCCUGUCAGAACCCUUGCCAGUAAGGGAGCUGAAGGUGCUCACCAUUCCUGACAUUAUCUGGUGACACUGACAUGGAUUGCAAUCUAUAUAUCAAAAUUCUUCUCUGUGAAGGAGGAAAUGACUCUUCCCCUCUCCCCUUGCUUGACCAACAACUGUUUGUUUAAGAGUUAAUUACUGGUCUAGAUCCUCAGCAGAUGUAAAUCAGUGUAGCUGUCAAAACCAAUUGAGCUGUGUUUGAUUUAUUCCAACCUGCUUUGACAUGGGACAUUUCUGAGGAAAUAAAUUAUGUGUAAUCUAAAUAGAAAGUAAAUGAAAUAGGAUGGCCAGAUUCUUCCAGUCUUUCUCAGUUUGAGAACCAUCAUGUUUCAAGAGUAGCUUUUUGGAGUGUGCAAGUGGAAGAUACAAGCCACUGUGGAUAGUGCCCACCUUACUGGAGUGGGUGAUUUUCACUAAACACAUCUUUCCUACACACAGCGUGCUGAGGUUAGAGAUUUGUUACUGAGCCAAAAAUAGUCAGGAUUUUAUCAAAAUGGAAUAGUUUUGUUUGAAAUAUUAUUUUGGUUAAAAUGUGAUUUUUGAUGCUGGUGAAUGAUGCAUCUCAGGUUUUUACUAUAUGGAUUUUUUUGCUUUGUUUUGUAUCAUAAAGAAUGGAUACUUUUAGUGCAAUUUACUCUCCUUUAAGGUAAUAAAAUCUCCUUCUUUUUCUUUUUUUUUCCUUAUUUAUCCAGACACAAGCUGUAGAUAUUGUUUUUGACAGCCUUAAGAUUGAACUGUGUGCACUAAAAGCAAUACUGUGGAUGAGCUGAUAACAUUUUCCAAGUGGUCUGCCUUUACACAAUGUGGUACUUAAAAAUAUGGACUCCAAGUGCCCACAUGCCAAAUGAUUUCAAAUGUGUUGUAGUUAGGAAAGAAACUUUAUUUUCCCUUUUGAAAUAUACUGAAAAGUCUAAUUGCUGUCUGAAAUGCUGAAAAUGGCAUCAUGGUUUUCUAUGUGCAUUGUAUUUCAGUAUGACUCCACUGGUGGUUCACGAGCUGUAGUCUCUGCCAGCUUGUGAUCUGAGGCUAUGGUGUGUGUUCUGCAGCUGCUUUGUAGUGUUUUCACUUAGGAGUUUAAUAACAGGAAGGCAGAGUGGUCCAGGAGAUAUUUUAAGAUGUGAUUAUGUUUGGUUAUCACCCAGAAAUUUGCAAAUGGCUACUCUAUAUCUCAUUUGUUCUGUAACAACAAAUUCUGUUUUUAUGUGUCAAGAGUGAUAGCAAUGUAGAUAGGAUGGUAACUCUGUAGGGGUUUUCUAAGUUUUACUACUGAAGAGUUUAUCUGGGAUGCUAUUGGGCCAAUUUGUGAUUUCUCUGUGCCUUCAAUAGUUAUGAGAACAAGUGCAAUGCUUUAUACAGCUGCAGUGGGCAGUGGAGAGCCCUCCCUAAGUCUUCCUUUCACAUGAACGUUGUUACUUCAGGCAAGGUAAACGGACAUUGUGGACAUACCAGGAUUAGACACAAAGAGGAAGAAAUGAGUGUUUGACAAGCCAGAACUGAUUGUGUUCUCUUGAAAGUUUAAAGAAAAUGCAAAUACCUUUUUACUUCAAGGUGUAAGAAAUAUGGGGUGAAUUUUCUGAAAGACAAUCAGUGGGGAUUGCAGAUUGCCAAACCGAGCUGGUUGCAUCUCCAAAUAUAGUCACACUUUCCAUUAAUUGUCUAUUAAUACUUGUCAUUAAUGAUUGAAUAAAUGGAUGAAUGUACUAGCUGCAUCCUAUUUAAAUUCAGUUUUGGUAAAGGCUUAUUUCAAGCCAUUUAUUAUGUAAAAUAUAUAAAAUAAACCAACCUUUCUCUUCAGCAAGAGGCUGUCAGUUUUGUGGUUUUUAUCCUUAACAAUAGUUAAAAUCUAUUUUCCGAAGAUACUACACACAGCAACUCCCACCAGAAAAGAUGGUCCCUGAAAGUUCUCCACAAUUAAAGCCUUUGAUAUAUUUAUUUAUAACAUAAUAAAUAGGCAAUCCAGAGUUGUUUGUUGCCUUUAGUAUUUAAAACCAAAUGAUAGUUUGAAUGAGGAACUGUUUUAAUUCAGUGAGCUUGUGGCCACAGUGCAGUGCUGGUACAGGUUUUACCUGGAGCUGCUGCAGAAUUUGUCCCAGAGCUUUUCAAGAUUUGGGUAAAAAGGGUUAUGGCUGACUUGCUCUAGUGUUGGUAACCACCUGCCUCAAGGCUGAAGUUGGGCUGCAUGACCUCCAGGGGUCCCUUCUGACCAACUUUUCUGUGAUUCUGUGACGUUCAGCACUUCACUUCUGGCUUGCUGCAUCCCCCUUUGUAUCCAAAAUUGAAAUAUAGCCGAACAGUGUCAGGAAUGUGUGUUGCUGUAACUUUUAUCAAAUUUACUGACAAAAAAGACACAUGAAAAUCAAGGCUUUGACGUGCUAGAAACAUCACCAUACUUUCCCAGAAAGUAUAAGACAUUUUGAUUUGGUAGCUGUAUAAUUUAGCAUAAUAUUUAAACUGUUUUGUUAAUUCAUAUAGAAGAAAAAGGUAUGGUUUAAAAUUUGCUACUCUUUCUGUGAAAGAAAAAAAUCAACCUUGCUUGUGGUGUAAUGCUGGUUUUUGUUACAGAAAGAAUAUGUUGACAUAAGUAUGCAGACACAUUAAAUCACAGUAAAUUCUAUUCAUUAAAUACACAAAAACUAGAAUAUGCAGCAGUGAGGAGUGACUAAUGUUUAUUUUCUUGAUGCAGAUGACCACACCACUCUGUCAUGGGGGGGGGAAAGAAAGUUGUACUUGUGACAUUAGUUAUGCUGAAGAUAAAAUGUUACUGCUGUAAUUUGGGGAAGGAGGAGAAAGAGCUACUGGGUAUUUUUUAUUUGUAGAUAUGGUUUGUUAUUAUUUGAAAGUCUAUUUAUAUACAGUGUUUACUCUGUAUAUGUAUGUGCUACUGCAGUGAUGAAAAUAGUUUUAACACUUCAUUUUGAUCUACUGAAUGCAACAAGGGUAGAAAUAUAUAUUGUAAUAAACGCAAAAAUAAAUUUUUCCUGACUUUUCUA